AUGGCAGAUUACUACAUACAAGCUUCAAAUAUUAUAGAAAAGUUGUUACAGAAGAAGGGCAGUAUCAAAGGGUUAGCCUUUGCAAAUAGUUCUUCUUCAAACGACUCAAAGAACAAGACUGCAUACGCUUUGGUUUGUGAAACUUUAAAGUAUAAAGAUAUAAUAGAUGAAUUAAUUACAACUAUACCAAAUAUUAAAAAGGAAAAGAAUCUAAAAUAUGGUAUAAUGUUAGUAAUGAUAUAUGAUUUAUUAUUUAGUACAGCAAAGGAUAUUAGAGGAGGUGGAUUUGCUAAAAAGAUAGUGAUUGGAUACAAGACACAAUUAAACUCGUCGUUGGCAAGACUAAAGAUAAAGAAACAAGUGUCUAGUAAUACUGGAUUGUUACCCGAAUCGAUUCGUAAUCCAUUGGUACUACCACGUUAUGUGAGAAUCAACACAUUGGCCAAAAAGACACAGCAGACAGACGAACAAUUCAUUCAACAGAUCAUCCAAAAGUUUAAAGAUAGAGGUUUCAUUCUCAAGGAUGGCAAUACCUAUCAAUCUAAACUAGAUUUUAGCAAUGACAAGUUCUUUUACCAAGACAAUGAUUUCAAAGAGAUUAUCAUAUUCACUUCGGCCAUUGAUCUACAUGACGACGAGUUACUCACCACUGGACAAAUCAUUUUACAGGAUAAAGCCAGUUGUCUGCCAUCCUAUAUUCUCGCACCACCUCCAGGUGCAACCGUCAUUGACUCUUGUUCAGCUCCUGGUAACAAGACAUCAUUACUCUCUGCAUUGAUGGGAAACACUGGUAGAAUCUAUGCUAUUGAAAAAGACAAGAAAAGAUGUGGAACACUUAUUAAAUUAACUACUAGAUCACAAUGUAAAAAUAUUACAGCAAUUAAUGAUAGUUUUUUGGAAUGUAGUUGGGAUGAUCCAAAAUUUAAAGAUGUAGAGUAUAUUCUUUGUGAUCCAUCAUGUUCAGGAUCAGGUAUUGUAAAUAGACUUGAUCAUUUAUUGGGAAAUCAUUUUGCAACUGAUGAAGCCGAUGAUGUUGAAGAUUUAAUUAAAGAGAAUUUAAAAAAUAAUCCAAAUCCAAAUCAAAAUAAUAAUAGUUUCCAAAAAAAGAAACAACAAAAUAGCAACAACAAAAAAGGACCAAUGGGAUUUGAAGAAAGAGAAGUAAAGAAAUUAGAAAAAUUAAAUGAAAAGUUUGGUAUGACCAACAACUCUGCCUUGAAACAACAACAACAAAAAUUGGAAAAAGAACAACAAGAAAAAGAACAAGCCCAAGAGAAUGAAGCUAGAGACAAUCAAAAUAGACUUCAAACUUUGGCUGAUUUCCAAUUAUCAAUUAUUAAACAUGCUUUUGGUUUUCCAAAUGUUAAAAAGGUAGCAUAUUCUACAUGUUCAAUUCAUCAAACUGAAAAUGAAGAUGUUGUUUUUAGAGCACUUAAAUAUUUAAAUGCUAAAAAGCCAACAUGGAAAUUGGUAAAGAUUCUACCAAACUGGAACAAGAGUAGAGGGUUUGCUGGAAUGUAUCCAACCAGUGACUAUAGUAUCAGAACUGCACCAGAAGUUGAUAAUACUAUUGGUUUCUUUGUAGCUUUAUUUGAAAAAAUCCCUUCAACUCCUGGUGAUGAAAUUGAUAAGGUUAUUGAACAAUUGGCAAAAGAUAAACAAGAUAAAGAUUUAAAGAGAAAGUUUGAUCAAGAUGAAGAAGAACAAGUAGAGGAUGAAGAACAGGAAGAUGAAGAAGAAGAAGAGGAAGAGGAUGAUAGCGAAGAAGAAGAAAUGAAGAAACCAAUUACAAAAUCGCAACCAAUAAUAGCUUCAGCAGUACCAACAGGAGGAUUUGUUUCAUUAUUUUCAGGAUUCAAGGAUGAUACUAGAUUGGGUGAAAGAUAUGAUCCAGCUGCACCAGGAACUAAAGUUAAAAGCAAGAAUAUAUUAUCCAAUCAAGAAUUUACCACCGACAGUGAAGAUGAAUUGGAAUUUGAAGGUGAUGUGCCAAAGGUCUCUGAAAAGGCAGAUAAAAAGGGAAAAAAGAAGGGUAAACCUGAAAAGAAACCAAACCAACAAAACAACAACAACAAGGUCAAGGUUAAGAAAUUGGGAAGUAAAUUUAAAAAACAAAAGAAAUAA